CGAGACAAGACUAAACUCUCACUGGAGAGAUUAAAGAUGGUGGAGAGAGGCUCCCUUGUGUUGGAGAAUGAACAGCAAAGACAGCGGUACGAGAAAUGUCUUGAUGAGAUAGCCAUUCAGGUGGUGCAGUCCUUGUUGGCUCACAAGGUAAAUAUUUAA